AUGUCAACAGAAAUAGGUGCACUUGAUGAAGAAGAAGCAAUUCUUCACAAUUUUGUUAAUUGGACGUCCGGUAAUGCAUUUAUUGAUAAUCUUAUUCAACAAUGUCAGCUUGAAAACCCAGUACCAGGUAAAACAAUAGAAUGGGUGCCUUAUGAAAACUUUCAAAAUAUCAAAUAUAUAGCCAAAGGUGGAUUUGGUUCUAUUUAUACAGCAAUGUGGGUGAAUGGAUGGAUUGAUGAUUGGAAUAACGAAACUCAAAAAUUUAAAAGAUCGGGACCUAGUGAAAUUGCAUUAAAACGAUUAUUUAAUUCCGAUAAUCCGAACCAUAAUUUUUUUGAAGAGGAGGAUUUGGACACUCCUCUGUUAUCCAAUAAUUGUAAAAGUGUAUCUUUUGAUCUUAAAAAUUUAUCUGUUCCUAAAAAUUUAGAUGAAUAUAUACAAUCGGGAAGUGACGGCCUCUUAAUAUUAAAACAAAUAGACAGUGGUAAUAAUUUAUCAAAAAAUAAUGAAGUUAUUUCAACGAAAGUGAAAUCAAUAAUUUCUUCAAUUGCUACUGAAAAUUUGCAAUCCAUAAAUCAUGACUUCCUCAAAAGUGGAUUACAAUAUAUGAAUCCUAAAAAAGGUCACUUAUUAGAAUUUGUUGUUUAA